GCGCUCCGCGCGGUGGAACGCUCCCACCGGCUCUCAACGCGGCUGCUCGAGGCCUUGGAGGGAGUAGCAGUGUUGCACAUUGAUUACGAGGACUUGCUCGGCGACACCGAGCGCACCAUGACCGCCGUGGCCAAUUUUCUCGAGUUGCAGACCGCUGGUCUUGCACCGCCCGCCACAAGGCUGCUGAAGGCGACCCCAGACCAUCUGUGCAGCGCGGUUAAAAACUACAGGCAAGUUUGCAGCGCCUACCUCAACACCGAGUAUGAGCGCUUCUUCGACGCCCCCACCGGGCAAUGUGCGUGCGGUCGCUCGUGA